AUGGCUACAAUGACCAAAAGACCACGGCUGACAGGCAGCCAAGAUCUCCUCAGUUAUUACAAUCUCACUCCUCUUUACGAUAAAUAUGUCAGACCUUAUUCACCACCUAAUCGAGCAGCCGGAUUAGACCAGACACUCUUUCGUUAUAUAUCUGAUUUACCUGGAAAGUACGAUGUUGAACCAGAUGGUUAUCUGAUCAAUCUCCUGCGAGAUCCACAAGCAGUUGAGAGUGGACCGAAAAUCAAAAGACUUGAUCCAGAAACAUUAGAAGACGCGUUCUCACUCAAAGAAGGACCUGUACCUGGUUUUGAUGCUUCUAUCCUUGGUACAGAUGAUGGCGGAUCCUCUACUUAUUCGGGGGUUAAUCCUGGUCAAUACCUUCACACAGAGAGGGGAGAGUACGGGGCAUCUGCAGGCGAUGAAAUGAACAAGCGAGAACGCAAGAAGAAGAAGAAGAAGCGGAAACAUAGCCACGAUCAUGAUGAAGAUGGACACACACACGAGCACAAGAAGAAGAAGAAGCGAAAGAAGGCAAGUGUGGGAUAA